GGAGAGAUUAAUCUGAUCGUCUGCAUGUCUGCCUGGAUUACAGCCAGCGAUUAAACCCAAGGAGACCAUUGGAGGGUGGGGGGGGGGAGUACAGUAAACUACAUAAGGCCCCCCCACCAGCAGACACUCGCACCCCAAAGGUCCCAGCGUUGUGUGACUGUGAACAGGGAGAACCUCCGCUUCACAGUAGACCACAUUGGGCAGAGAGGGGGAAAAACAAAAAUGGGAAACUCUACGGGAUGCACUGUGGAUGACUUACAGGCGGUGGAGAUGCACCUCUGGUACAAGAAGUUCAUGACGGAGUGCCCCUCGGGCCAGCUCACCCUGCACGAGUUCAAGCAGUUCUUCGGGCUGAGGGGUCUGGACCCGGAGGCCAAUGCCUACAUAGAGCAGAUGUUCCGGACCUUUGACAUGAACAAGGACGGCUACAUCGAUUUCAUGGAGUACGUGGCCGCGCUGAGUCUGGUGAUGCGGGGCAAGAUGGAGCACAAGCUGCGCUGGUACUUCAAACUUUACGACGUGGACGGAAACGGCUGCAUCGACCGCCACGAGCUCCUCAACAUCAUCAAGGCCAUCCGCGCCAUCAACGGGAAUGAAAACCAGGAAUCCAGCGCAGAGGAAUUCACCAACCGGGUGUUUGACAGGAUUGACGUGAACGGCGACGGCGAGCUGUCUCUGGAUGAGUUUGUUGCCGGCGCUCGCAGCGAUGAAGACUUCAUGGAGGUGAUGAUGAAAAGUUUGGACCUGCGCCACAUCGUGGCCAUGAUCCACAACAGGAGGCACAGCGUGUAGGACGCCUCCAUCCCGACUACCUCAGCCUCCUUUGUGUUUAAACAUCAGUGCUUCCUGUACGCUGCCACUGAUUAAAACCUUCCUUUUUAUGUAAAGUGGGAUUUCUUUUGAAAUUAAAUGCGUCGUAAUGUGACGCCAACGCACUGCGGAAGGGCUUACGCAUAUGCACUUUAAAUAGGACGACUCGGUCGACCCUUCCAGACUGGUCAUUGUCCUGUUAAAUGGCGGUGAGCUCUCUCAAGGCCACCCUGGCAUGAAGGAUGAUCCCUCAGACAGUCCAUUAAGACGCCCUGAGGGAUGGGAGGGGCGGGGGGGGAGAGAUAGUGGAGCCGAGUGGCAAUUACAUGCACUCAACUGCACUUUCCAGACUUUUUUAUUUUCUGGGUCGGAGUCUCUCAGCAUCAAAUUACUCAAAUCUCUGCUUACCUGUUCUUGCCUGUGGGGGAUUACAGGAAGAAUUUAUGACUCUACGGCGUGUUUAACAGCCAUGCUAAUUCGAUUAAAUCUGUGGCUGUAAAACAAGAACAGGUUAAAGCCUGUGGGGAGAUUCAGUGGAGUGUACAGUUUACCUUUUUUUUGUUUUUAUUUAAAUAUAUUCGCUUUUUUUGGGGUGAUCGUUUGAAUGUGUUUCAGAAGCAGUCUUCCGAAAGAACAAAACGAUAAAAAUCAGACUUGGUUUUGGAGAAUUCCUGUGUGCUUGUGUUUCUUUGGCUGAAUGAUCUGCUUCUUAUGCAGCAGUAAUACAAAUUUAGACCUUUAUAUUUGUUGGUGAUGCUCAUCUGGUGCCUUCUGGUGAAAGACUGCGCGGCAUGUCUGAUAUUAGCUGACGCUUCUUUGUGCAGUGAAACUAAUAAAGAAUCUUUCAGAACAGCAGAGUGUGAACAUUUCAUCCAAAUCUACUGGGUCCAACACUAUGUGUGU